AAGCCAAAGUCAACGAAAAUGUAAAUUAUUUACAAACAUUCCACUAUUCGAUCGCGUGGAAAGAGUCGCAGAACGCGACAAUAGACCUUUAUCUACAUAAUUCUACGUUUAUCAUUAUCUGCGCUUAAUUGAUAUCAAACAAAUAUAUCGAACGAGUAAAUACUGAAGCAAUUGUGUGUCUCGCUCAUUGGUGUCAUUAUGUAAAAUUACACAUUGCAACAGUGGCAGCCGAUCUUGGUUGAGUGGUGUUGAGAACAAAAACAAUGACAGUGUAGUUGAAACAAUAGCACGAGCAAUUCCCGAGCGACCGGAUAAGAUGGCAGACGAGAAGCGCAAGGAAAUAGAAGCUGAUGAAAAUCCUCUUAAUAAAAAUGUGACGGAAAUAAUCAAGACUACAAAAACGUUCAAGGAGAAGCUGAGGUUUGUGAGAGACAACAUAACUGUGGAACCUCUGUUGGCUGGACUGAUUAUCCCCAGUGUUAUAUCGAGGUUUGCUAUGGUCAAUCUAAAUUUGGAUAAAGCAUGUAGAGUGAACCUAAAUUUUUCGAGUGAGAUUUGCGAUACGAUAAUUCAGAAAACAACAAACAGCAACUAUUCAGAAUACGAAAAGGAAGUACAGAAACUGAUAUCGUCGAUAGACAUCUGGAAGAGCGUUAUUCACACGGCUAUACCAUGUAUAAUAAUAAUGUUUCUGGGUGCUUGGAGCGACCGGACUGGGAAGAGAAAGAUUGUCAUUAUGCUUCCGAUAAUGGGCGAAAUAGUUACAUCGAUAAGCAAUUUGAUAAACGUGUACUUCUUCUAUGAAAUCCCCGUGGAAGUUACUGUGUUCUUAGAGACUAUAUUCCCCGCCAUCACUGGCGGUUGGGUGACGAUGUUUCUUGGUGUCUUUAGCUACAUCAGCGACAUAACCGAUGAAGAAUCCAGGACCUUCAGAGUGGGUCUGGUCAAUUUCUGUAUGACUGCCGGCCUUCCUAUAGGGAUUGGUGUGGGUGGAAUCUUAGUGCAGAGGAUGGGAUAUUACGGAAUAUUUUCUAUGACGUCCGUCAUGUUCGUUGUAGUUGCUAUUUAUGGAUUGACACGCCUCGAUGAACCGGACCAGUUUUUGAAAAAGAAAGGACUCCCGCCGAUCGAAAGGCCGGACUGUAAGGACUUGUCUUUCUUCCACGCAAACCACGUGAUAGAAACUGUAGCAGUUGCGUACAAGAAGCGUCCUUCUAGAAGACGCUUGAAGAUCAUUCUCACCCUGUUCACCGUAUUCAUCGUUUAUGGACCGUCUAUGUCGGAACACACCAUAUUCUAUCUUUUCGUGAGAAACACGCUGAGCUGGGACAUGGUGAAGUACAGUCUCUAUACAAGCUACUCCAUCAUACUGCAUUCGUUCGGUGCCAUGUUCGGGAUCACUGUCCUCAGUAAAAGGCUACAAAUGGAUGACUCCCUGCUUUGUCUCAUUUCUGUCGUCAGCAAGUUCGGUGGAUCAAUAUGGACAGCAUUUGUACGAACAGACCUAGAAAUGUAUUUAGUACCUGUUGUUGAAAUUCUAAACGGAACCAUAUUUACCUCCCUGCGAUCUAUCGUCACUAAGCAGGUUGACAAACAAGAGACGGCAAAAAUGAAUUCCCUGUUCUCCCUGACGGAGACCUUGGCGGCCCUGAUGUUCCACCCCCUCUACUCCUUGCUUUACAUGAAGACCCUUCACGUCCUACCAGGAGCGGUCUUCCUUACCAGUGCGGCACUUCUCAUACCAGCUUUCAUUAUACUGAUAACAUUCUACGUACAACACAGGAUCGACCUACGGAAUGCAAGAAAGAAAGCCUUGGAAGCAGAAGAUCGAAAAGAAGAUGAAGUUAAGAAGAAUCCAAUCACAUUAUACAAUCCGGACGUCAAGCCAAAUGUGGAUCUUAAAACGGAUGUCAUUAUUUUACCUAACAUAGAUUUACUCGAUACUAUUAAGAAAGAAACUUAAAAUAAACCUAAUGAUAUUGUUCCUUAAAAAAUACAAUCCUUUGGUACACCAAAGGUCGUGCGAGGUUAACCCGAUCAAACGCAUUGCAUUAUUGUUACCACUGGUUGGCACUGAUUAUAAAAAUUAAUAUAAUUCGAUGAUAAAUCACUUCAAAUAGUUUUGAUUGAGUAAAACUCGCACUAACCUAUAGGAGUAAUGUGACAAUCAUGCGUAACGCCUAAUGAUGGGAUUGAGAAAUCGAUUUUCUAAAGAUCUUUUUGGUUCGAAAAUAAUUCAAUUUCGGACAGACACCUAAUGAUGUCCACGGCAGAAGAAGGUUUAACAUGACCUGUUCCUCGAGACUUGACUCCUAUAAGUAUUUUAACUAGUUAUGUUACUUAUUUAUAAUGUAGUUUUAAUAUUAACAUUAAUAUUUCUGCCCUUGGGAUAGCUCAAUUGAAGUCUAUGUAAAAAUAAUAUGUUGACCAUUACACUCGUAAUUUGUAAUUUUAAACAAUUACAUAACAUAACAACGACCAGUGUUAAAAAUUAACGUACCAUAUUGUACAUUCAGUAUUUAACAUAACUGCAACAUAAUGAUGUCAUGUUUUCAUAAUAACAUUUUCUGUGUCAGACCAUGUUUUUGCAUUAAUUGCAAAAAAUAGAUAGAUAUAUAAAAUCUUUAUUGCACCAAAAGAAAACAGAACAUAUGGGCAUAAAAAAGUUUAUCUAUUGAUGCUUGGCACCACUGGCACACUAUUAAUUAAGCAUGUAAUAGCCAACGCAACACAAAUUUAUCAAAAUCCGUCCAGUAAUAGUAUUUUUUUUAUAUAUGACGGCAGGACAAAUAGAAAUAUCAAAAAACCUUCGUAAACAAACAAUUUUCUUCAUAAGGUUUAAACCUUAUGAAGAAAAUUUAAUUUGAUUUCACCGAUUUUGAGUGCGCACAAAACUACUAGCUCAAUACUUGUUUGUUUGUUUGUAAUAUCUUUAUUGUAAAUACGAAAGUUCAAUAAAUUGUUAAGACAAAAUAUACAAAGGCGGACUUUCAGUCAACCAUGGAAUAACUAAGCGGAGAGUUAAUUAAAUACUUUUCCCUGACGAAUCCAUCUAUUAUCCUUAAUUUUAAUAUUUUUCAUUCAUAAUUAGAUAUAAUAUAAAUGUAUUUUAUACCUUAUUUAAUUCAGAUGUCAUUAUUCGCAAUUGUUCUUAACACCACUGCAAUAUAAUGGAAAUUUUCUAAAAAAGUUUAGUGUGGAAAGUAUUACAUUAAGUCGUAAGUAAUUGUUACCUAUUUUCGUUAAGAGAGUUGUUAUAAUAUGUAUAUUUGGAUUUUAUAUGAGAAGUUGUAAGUUUUUAAGCAAAAAGUUUAAUGUACCAUUAUUUUCCAGUUUAUGAUUGAAAUUCCGUAGUAUUAUUAAUUGUGUUUUAGUUGUAACGAAUCUACUUAGAUGUAUAAAAUGUAAUUUUGAAAUUAAAACCUAAAACUAUAA